UCAGAGACGACUAGGGCCCGAGAUCGAAGAAAUUUUCUUCAAUUCUUCUCUUACCCUUUUGUAUUUUAAUCAUGUUUCUUCUCAACUCUUAGAUGUUGAACACAACCAUCAGGAGCUAAAUUUAUUGGCUUAGGGCUUUAAUGGAAUGUAAGGUUUAUUCAUAAUUCGUGAAUUUACUUGCUUGUCUAUUGAAUCAAAUGGGGAAGUUUAGGGAGUGAAGUGGACCGGAAUACAACGUUAGGGGCCGAAUGAAAAUUCGCUCGAGCCCCAAAUCUUUCUCCCGUCUCUUUGGAACGUUAAACCCUGAUUAAACCCUAAUCAAGCUGAACGCCGUGAAGAACUCUGUGACCGGAGAUUUGAUCGGAAAUGAGGGAAGAAUCCGAUUCGGAAGCGCUCGUCAUGGAACCCUUCGAGCUCAGCUAUUCUGAUCUGGUGAUUCUGUCCUCAACCGGCCCUACAGAUGAUCCUUCUUCGUCAGCAUCGGAGGAAGAGAUCCUCAGGUGGGACUCUAUGAGGCGAAGCGUAAUGGAGUCUCUAGGACCAGACGGCCCUGGACUGCUUGCUGUCAGCGGGGUCCCCGGUGUCUCCUUCCUCCGGCGGAGGCUCCAGUUCGCCGCCCGGGAGCUUGCCCUUCUCGAUCCUGAACGCCGGAAGCGCAUCCUCAAGGAGCAAUGCUUGGGGAGUGAUGUUCCACUAAAAGAUCCAGACCGAAGAGUCUCCUCCUUUGCUAUGCAACUGAGAUACGCAGAAGGUGUGGCGAAUUCUCGGAGCAAAGCAAACAAUGAAUUGAAUCGAGUGGCUAGUUUAGAAAAUGGCGAUCUUAACAUGAAUAAGUCGAUGAAAUUUCAGGAUGAUGAAUACGAUCACCUUGGAAAUUCUUUAAAGGAGCUGGGUUUUGUAAUGAUGGACCUGGGAAUCUGUCUUGCCCGAAUUUGUGAUUCGGCCAUCGGGGGCCAUGAGCUGGAGCAGAGUCUGAUGGAAUCUUCAAGUGCAAAAGGGCGACUUAUUCAUUACCAUUCCAGGAUAGAGAAUCUUGUUCUAAAGCAAAGUGGGAAAAAGUCAGGAAUCAAUAAGGGUAGAGUCGCUAGCAAGAAAAAUUUAAAACGGGACUCUAUGAAGAGGGGUGACUCGACACAUUGUGAGGCCAAAGCAUGUUGUGUAAGCUCCAACCUGUGGCAGCAAUGGCAUUAUGAUUAUGGUAUCUUCACAGUUCUGACAGCUCCUAUGUUUCUUUCAUCUGUUUUACCACAAGAAGCGAGGGAAGAUGAUCGAGGGGCUGCUACUUGUGUUCAAGAAUGUCCUUACCCAGGGGGGCACACACAUUUGCAAAUUCUCGAUGCCAAGAAGGGUAAAGUUUUCAUGGUGAAGACAUCUUCUGAAAGCUUCAUAAUCCAGCCUGCUUGGACGAAAAUUUUCACUCUUUCAGGUUACCCAAUGGAUCAGUUAGUUUUUGAUUGUGAGGACACUGAGUCAUCUAAUGAUGGAUGUCGUCUCACCCAACAAGAUGGGAGAGAUCUGAUAGACAGAAUUUCGAGAAUUAUCCCCUCACUCAUGUCACGGUUGAAAGAUGGAAUGUCUUUUGCUGAAUUUUCACGGGAAACUACCAAGCAAUACUAUGGCGGCAGCGGCUUGCAGGCAAAUCAAUAGCUUUCAUGUCUGUUCUGCAUGAUCUGGGAAUUUUUGGUGGGCAUUGAGGAGGCGGGAGCACAACUUCCCUCGAUGCUCGACUUCGACUUCGAGCCCACGAGGAUGACGGCUAUGAUGAGGUUGCAGAAGCAGAAGACAAAGAGAGAACUCGAAGCCGCCUGAGAGAUGACCUCAACCGCGGAGUCCAACAUGACUUCUCGACUGAACCGGAGCGCAAAGAAGAAGAACCGGGAUCUGCAGAGGGAGGAAAAAUGCGGGUUCUCGAGCUCUGCAGGUCUUUGGAGAGCUUCUUGACAGCAACGGUUUGGGGCCCACUCCUCUGAUUUCUUAAGUAGAAAGUCGUCCUCCCAACCUCUACCAAACUGCGGCCUCACAUGGGAGCUGGUCCUAAUAGCCUGCCGGUUUUCGAUGCGAUAUGGUAGCAUGGCUCGAUAAUGUUACAUACGAAGAAUCUAUGCUUUUGCUUGAAAGUUGUCGAUGGUAGUCGAUGUUUAAGGGGGAAUUUUCAAUCCUACAUUGGGCAUCUCUUUUCUACUUUUUUUCAUGUAAUGUAGUGUUUAAGCAAAGCCUACAUGUAUUUACAUAUAUAUGAAAUUAGUCUCCUACAAAUGCGAUGUCA